AUGCCUGAAAAUGGGGGUGAAACUGUUGCCUCACCAAGCAGUACACUGCACUGUUGUGAAUUAGAGUGCGAUGUUAAGAUUUCUUCAACAUGUUCGACGCAACAACGAGGGUCUAUUUCUUCGAAAAACGCUGUAGUAACGCUCGGAAGAAAUUUGAGAAGGUCGGGUUUGAAGCAUGUGUCAUAUCUUCUUCAAAAUUGUACAGUUCAUGGGAAGAUGGUCAGAAAGGGCUGUGGAUCUGUAGAAAUUCCAUCAAAACAAUUGGCGCUCCUUUAUGAGAGAGGAAAUUGGAGCAAAUAUUUUUUUGAUAGAAAUUCCGUAGAAGAAAUAAGACAACUAAGAAGUUUUUCUUCUUCGUUUUACUUCGCAGAAUCAAUGAACGAACAGGUUAUGAUAAUGAUUGUAAUUUUUUUUAAUGAUAGGCUGCGCGGUUUUGCAACAGAUGAUCGUCUUUUAUCACCGUCUACAUCCGGUCCUAAGAAAGCAGAAUCUGUUUUGGAGCUCACAGCUGAACAGAAAGCUGUUGUGAGGUCAGUCAUUGGAGGAAAAAAGAAUGUAUUCUUUACUGGUAGUGCUGGGACCGGGAAAUCGCUGGUAUUGAGAAGGAUAAUUGAAUUACUUCCAGCGGCUACUACAUUUGUUACUGCUUCAACUGGAGUGGCAGCGUGUUUUAUUGGCGGCAGCACUUUACAUAGUUUUGGAGGUUUUGGAAAUGGUUGUGGAACGAAAGAGCAGUGUGCAGAACUCGUGUUGAAUAAUAAUGCCAGGAUUCAGUGGAAGCGUUGUCAGCACUUAAUUAUUGAUGAAAUUUCAAUGAUAGAUGCGGAUUAUUUUGAAAAACUUGAAUAUGUUGCCCGAAAGGUUAAAAAGAACGAUAAGCCUUUUGGCGGCAUUCAGUUGGUAAUCACAGGCGAUUUUCUGCAGUUACCGCCGGUAACGAGUGGUAGCGAAGAGAAAAAAUUUUGUUUCAUGUGUGAGGCAUGGAGUCGUUGUAUUACGGAAACGUUUUUACUUCGUCAGGUUAAACGACAAAGUGAUGAUACAUUUAUCAAAAUUUUGGAGCAAGUUCGUGUUGGACGGUAUGGUCUUAAUUUUGAAAGUUUUAUGGUUUCUGACUUCUCAGAUUCCGGUGUUAUGCCAACUCAUCUGUGUACUCAUGCUGCUGACGUCGACCUUAUCAACGCGAACCAGCUAAAGGCUUUGUCUGACUCGAAAAGAUUUUUGGUAGUGAAGAGGUUAUCGUUGAAAAUUGGUGCCCAGGUUAUGUUGAUCAAAAAUCUUGAUCUUUCUCGAAGUUUGAGUAAUGGGUCACGAGGUGUUGUGAAAAGUUUCUCGUCGAGAGGUUAUCCGAUUGUUAAUUUUUUGGCCCCAGACUCUAAUGAACAUUUUAGAUUUCAAGUGAGGGUACCAGGCUUUGAAGAGCCGCUUGUACGUAUACAGUUACCCCUGCAACUGGCUUGGGCCUUGUCUAUACAUAAGUCUCAGGGUUUGACGCUUGAUGCAGUUGAGCUGUCACUGUCUCGAGUUUUUGCCGAUGGUCAGGCUUACGUUGCUCUCUCUCGCGCUCGCUCUCUAGACUCUGUACGCUUACUAGAUUUUAACCCAACUUCUAUUCGAGCCAAUGCAGACGUUAUGAAGUACUACGAGAGACAAGUGAGUUGGUCAAUUGCAGCGGCUGCUAAUAAAUUGGUCAAAUUGCAUUACUCUUUCUAA